CGUUUUUGCAGCGUGUGUUUUCCCUCUGAGAGCCCGCCGUACUAUAAGCGUUGUAUAAAGCAUCAUUUACCUGUCACUUCCUAAAGAGGACAUCGUUUAUAAAUAUCAUCCAGUGGAGCUGUGGCUCGGGGACUACAAAAAGGCCACCCACACUCGUCCCCAUUGUUCUCCGGCAUCGUUGUUGGUCUGACAUCCCAGCUGCUCAGCCAUGGCCCCCAAGAAAGCCAAGAAGAGGGCGGCAGAGGGAGCCAACUCUAACGUAUUCUCCAUGUUUGAGCAGGCCCAGAUCCAGGAAUUCAAAGAGGCCUUCACCAUCAUGGACCAGAACAGAGACGGCUUCAUCGACAAGAACGACCUGAGGGACACCUUUGCUGCUCUCGGACGUCUGAACGUGAAACAGGAAGAGCUCGACGACAUGCUCAAGGAGGCUCCUGGGCCCGUCAACUUCACGGUUUUCCUCACAAUGUUUGGUGAGAAACUGAAAGGUGCAGAUCCGGAGGAGACCAUCCUCAAUGCGUUUAAAGUCUUCGACCCUGAGGGAAAGGGCGUGCUGAAGAAAGACUACGUCACGCAGAUGCUGACAACACAGGCCGACCGAUUCUCCUCUGAAGAGAUGGAGCAGAUGUUUACCGCCUUCCCCCCUGAUGUGGCAGGAAACCUGGACUACAAGAACCUGGUGCAUAUCAUUACUCAUGGAGAGGAAAAGGACCAAGAGUGAAACUUUUUGAUUGAUUUUUUUUUUUUGUUUUUUUUUAAUAACCUUCAUGAAAAAAGUGGGAAAUGCUUUGCUCAUAUUGGCUUUAUUUUUCCUGUAGAUUAGAGGAUGAUACUACCGAUUGUUUCUCUCCAGGCAACAAAUAACAGACAUAGAAAUUCAGUUGUGACAAGUGUUUUUCGUUCUGUUUUAUUCCUAGUAUUUUUUACUACCACUAAUUAGCAUAUUUCAACAUAGUUUUGUUGACCAAAAACUACUGAUGUCUUCUUUACAGUGCCUUGCAAACCUUUUCACGGUUUUUCCACAGUUCCCACCGCAAAUCAAACACAAUGGUGUGUAAUUGUGAACCAGUAGGGAAAAAUAAAAAUCUGAUUCGUCCCCCUUUAACUCUAAUUCUGUGACACCAAGUAAAAUCCAGCGUAACCGUUUUCCACCAGAAGCCUCCCACCUAGCUAGCAUCCAUAUGAGUAUAAUUUAAUCUCAGUAUAAAUCCAGCUGGUUCUGCAAAGGCCUUCGAGGUUUGUUAGAGAACACUGGUGAACAAACAGGAACACAGCGCAGAGGCCGCUAAAGCUGCAGCAAAGUUUAAAGUAGGCUUGGGUUAUAAAACAAUAUUUCAAGUUUUGAACAUUUCGCAGAGCACUUUUUCUAAAAGACAAGAGUAUGGCACGACUCCCAACCUACGAAGACAUGGCCUUCCACCUAAACUGGAGGGCGAGGUGAGCAUUAAGCAAAGAAGCAGACAAAAGACCUCUGGUAACUCUGGAGGCUUGAGAAUGCUGUAGAGGUUCACCUUCCACCAAGGAGACAGCCCGAAACCUGCAGCUGGACUUACGAUGGAGUCCAGAGCUAAUCGAGAAUCUCCGGAAAUGCUUGAACACCGAUUUUUCCCAGACGCACUCCAUCCAAUCGGCUUAAACUUAAGCUUGGGUAAAUAACGUACAAAGCUGGUAGAGGGCACUGUGUGACGUUUCUGCAUGUCAAAUAAACAUCUCCCAACACAACUAC